UUAGUUCGACCGGCAGCACCGUCGUGGCUUGUCCUGUGUGUGUGUUUGUGUGUUGUAUUUUGUGCGAUUUGCGCGCGUUCUCGCUGUUCGUCGAGUUUGUUUACUUUUCGUGACAAUUUUUUUUUUUAAUUUUAUUUGUUCAUUUGGACGUUUUAGCGCGCCCGCGUGUGUUGCGGGUCUUAACGCAAUCCGUAUCCGUUAGUAAAUAUCAGAAAAACUUCACGGUGUCGCGUGUGUGUGUGUGUGACAUAUACCUACCCACACCAGACUGAGGAUAUUUUGAAUUUGAACGCGAACCGCCUGAACUGCUGCGGCUCUGUGAAACCUGAAGUGCCCGGGAUUUCCCUCGACUAAAGUGAGUAAACUGCAGCAAUUGCCUAAGAAUUAAAUUCAAUCCACAUAAACGACUGUUCGCGGUAAAUGGUACAGAAACGCAAACGCAGUUCAAGAGCAAUUUAUAGGCCAGUCCGGACGAAGAAACAAUAAAAUAUCGCGGCGGAUCAACACAAUCCGGCGCUACAUCCGUGCUGCCUGUCCUUUGUGCGGUCUAAAAGAAAAUCAAAACUACUAGAGCGCAUCUCCGCUUCUAAUCCCGCACCCGGGGGCGACGAUGGAACCAGACGGGAUCAGAUUGCAUCUCGCGGGGACCAACAGAAGAUCGUUUGAUCACGAGCGCCAGGAUUGAGACGCUUUUGAGUUUUGUGUGUUAUGCUUAAAUGAUGAACGGGUUGUAUUGGCUUUUUGGGGCGGCGGUGGCACUGCUGCUGUGGACGCCGGUAGCACGUUCCGGGUCCGAUUCGGAUUGGGCCUCUUGCGACUCGCAGCUGUGCCGGUGCAAAUGGGUCAGCGGAUAUAAGUCGGUAGACUGCACCAGGGCCGGUCACACUAGCGUGCCCAAGAACCUGAGCAACGAGGUACAAGUGCUGGACCUGUCGCACAACAACAUUCUGGAACUGAACAAGGACGCUCUCAACUCGGUGGGCCUGAUCAACCUUCACAAGCUGAUCGCCCGAAACUGUUCCAUCGAAUCCGUGGACAAAGACGCUUUCCGCGGGCUACUGCUCCUCAUCGAGCUCGACCUGUCCGAAAACCACAUACACGUGCUCCAACCGGCCACGUUCCGCGACUUGUUCCGUCUGCGCAAGAUCUCCAUGAGCGGCAACUUAGUGCAGAAGCUGCCCAACGGCCUUUUCAGUAACAUGUCUUUUCUACAGACCGUCGACUUCAGCAAUUGCAUGAUAGCUCAAAUCGAACCCAAGGUGUUCAACAACGUGACCAAGCUCAGCAACCUAAAGCUGAACAACAACCGUUUGACCAACAUGAAGUCCGAAGUGCUACUGGCGGUGCCCAGUCUGGUGAGCUUGGAGAUCUUGAACAACCCGUGGCGGUGCGAUUGCAAACUCCGGCCUUUCAGGGAUUUGAUGAUGGCCAUGAACCUGUACAUCCAGACGGCCACCUGCGCUGAGCCCGCUAGGUUGCAGGAAAAACUGUGGGGCGCUAUCCAACCAGACGACUUCGCGUGCCUGCCCACCAUCCAGUAUCCGGUGCAGAGCUCCACGUUCGAGCUCGACACCGAAGAACUGACCAUUGGCUGCAAGAUUAUCGGCGAACCCACUCCCAGCGUACAGUGGGUGUUCAACAACAGACCCAUAUCGAAUUACUCGCACGCCGAUUACAAGUUCUCCGUGUACGAGAGCGUGGACAACACAAUGGCCAAGUGGAUCAAUCUGACCGUGUCCCGUUCCCGGCUGAUCGGCAGAUCCGAAUUCAAGUGUAUCGCUCAGAACCCUGCCGGCAUGGAAGAGCGAAAAAUCACCGUCGUCGUUCAGGGUGGCGGCAAAGGCAUCCUGGGCACAGCGGUCAGCGUCAAAGAGUCGUUGCCCAUAGUCGUGGGCCUGGUGGCCGGCAUCUUCAUCAUCAUCCUGCUAUUGAUCGUCUGCUGUCUGUGCUGCUUCAGACGACGCCCCAUCGGCGCCCAGUCCAAGAAAUCGCACACCAACGGAUUCUCUAACGGGGACGUGUCCAACAGGCACGUCACCUCGCUGGUGUCCGAACCGUCCGAACAACAGAAGAGUCUUUUGGCCGUCGUCAAUCCGGUACAAAAACCACCCAGACGGUACGAAUCGUCGCCCACCGGCACCGAAAUGACUGAACUCAAGAGGAAUCUGCUGGACGAGACGUCCAUAAGCGGCGACGGAGAAGACCAGUGUUUCGGUGAAUCGGGCGACGAAUUGGGCAGCAUCGACGGCCGAUCGUACAGGAAAGGCUCUCACCCGCCGGAUUUGUUGGCUUUUCCCCGCGGCGGCCACAGUUCGCCAGCCGGCAGCAUUGUGUCCACCAUUCCGGCGUUCCAGUCGCCCAUUCACAGUCCCAUUUAUUCGGGCACGCUACCGUACAACCGGUCGCAAUCGCCGUUUAGCCCGCGUCCGUCAAUGCCGCCCGCCGGUUACGUGACCAUACCGAGGAGACCGCGCGCGCCCAGUUGGGCAAGUCCCACGACGCCGACGCUGCUGGACGAUCCGUUGGGCGUCGGCCGGCUGUGCGAACCCGUCUACGACAACCUCGGUCCUCGGACCACGGCAGACGGCAGUUCCGUGCUGUCGCUGACCAAAGCGGUGGCGGCGUCGGGUGGUGACUCGGCUGGACGGCUGCUCAGGCCCACGCCGCAGUACAGCCAAACGCUACCGCACAAGACCAAGCUGCACCGCAACCCCGCGCCUCGGUUCCAGGACACGGACUUGGAUAGGGUGCCGUCGCCGGCGCCGAGAUCUCCGGAAAAAAUCGCGCCCAAACCGUCGUCGGGCAAGGUCGUCAACGGCAGCAACGGAUUGCCGCCCAACUAUUCGCCGCUGGUGGACGCAGACGUGCGCAACAGGAGCAGCUGGGCGCCCAGCCGAGUGGGCACGCCCGAGACCGGCGUACUCAAGCCGGCCAGCCAGACGAGCCUCAAGCGCAAAGUGCCUCCCAUACCGCCUCCAAAACCCAAAAAGAACGGCGGCCCCUUAUUCGAGGAUGAAGGUGAAGACGGUACUGAGGUUUGAAAAACCGUCGACGACAUCUAAAAUUGAUCAUCACUCGUACUUCCUCAGUAUAACUUAUUCGUACCUUAUGAUUUUUAGAAAUCAUUGUUGAUUUUUCAUUGGUGUGGUUAGACACCUUUGAAAAUAUCGAAAACGCCAAAAAUAAUAAUAUAUGCUAUGUAUACGUUAAAAAAAAAAAAAGAGUUUUUCACCAUCAAAUUACU